AUGGCCUUUGCCCUUGCUGAAUUUGUGACAAUGACAAAUAUUGGAGAAAAAGUUGUGUGCCUGGUUGCUUACCACAUAUUUUUCAUGCUGUUCGUCUGGUCAUAUUGGAAAACAAUCUUUACACUACCAAUGAAUCCUUCAAAAGAAUUUCAUCUAUCAUAUUCAGACAAGGAAUCCCUAGAGAGGGAGCCUAGAGGUGAAUCCCAGCAAGAAGUCUUAAGACGGGCAGCCAAGGAUCUUCCUAUCUAUACACGGACAAUGUCUGGAGCAAUCAGAUACUGUGACAGAUGCCAUCUUGUAAAACCAGAUCGUUGCCAUCACUGUUCUGUAUGCGACAAAUGCAUUUUGAAAAUGGAUCAUCAUUGCCCUUGGGUGAACAACUGUGUAGGAUUCUCCAAUUACAAAUUUUUUCUUCUCUUCUUGGCUUACUCUCUACUGUAUUGCCUUUUCAUUGCUGCAACAGAUUUACAGUAUUUUAUCAAGUUUUGGACAAAUGGCCUUCCUGAUACUCAAGCAAAGUUCCAUAUCAUGUUUUUAUUCUUUGCUGCAGCUAUGUUUUCUGUCAGUCUGUCUUCUCUCUUUGGGUAUCAUUGUUGGCUUGUCAGCAAGAAUAAGUCUACAUUAGAGGUAUUCAGAGCUCCCAUAUUUCGUCACAGAACAGACAAGAAUGGCUUUAGCUUGGGCUUCAGCAAAAACCUAAGGCAGGUGUUUGGUGAUGAGAAGAAAUACUGGUUGCUGCCUGUGUUUUCAAGUCUAGGGGAUGGUUGCUCCUUCCCAACUUGCCUUGUUAAUCAGGAUCCUGAGCAAGCUUCCACACCUGGUGGUCUUAAUUCAACAUCCAAAAAUGAGAACCACCUGUUUCCUGCAAAGCCGUUGCGUGAUUCCCAGAGCCACCUUCUUACGGAUACACCGUCUUGGUCAGAAACUAGUGGAAAGGCUGAAAAGGGCAAAGUUGGUAUGACCAAUCCUGCAUUAACCAUGGAAAAUGAAACCUAGUUUCCCUUUAAAGAAACAUCUGAAUAUAUAAGGAAAGUUCAAGAAAAAGCUGUCGUUGGAAGGAAGAUGCAUUCUUCCAAAUAUCAGCCCUGUUGGCCAGCUGCUCCUGUCUGCUCCUGUGUGGAUGUGCUCAGAAAACAAACUGACAGAUGAUUAGCUGUCUCCAUGUCACUGCUUGAAACAUGAAACUAAACAUACUACUUCUGAACCAUAUAAAGAAUGUUUCAACUUAAAAUU